UUUAGUGCAGAGACAGAGACAGAGAGAGGGAGAGGGAGGGCUGCAUGGCGUGAGGCAGUGCGUGUGCUUGAUGUUUAGGUGAAUCUACAGCCCUCUGCCUCACAACCAUAAAACAGCCUCGCUGAGUGCAUGCACUGUAGUGGCACAGGGACCUUUUUCUCCUUCAGUUUUUUCUUUCCUCUCUCCCUUUUUUCGUUUCAUUCGGCUGCCAGAGUUGUUACAUUUGUUUGUUUCCAUCCACCUCUUUUGUUUUGCUUGCAUCCAUCUCUGCCCAGAAAGGAGGAAGGAGCAUCGGCGUUAGAGGCAUUGUCCUUCCCAUCCUGCUUGCCCAGCCGGUGUUGUGUGCUGAUGCUGUAACCAGUGUGAGGAGCUGAGAAGCCCUGGUUGAUGCAGUGAACUGUUCCACUGGGAUAAACUCAAGCAAAGAAGGUCGCUGGCCAUGGGGAACCUCAUUAAGGUCCUUGGCAAGGAUUUAGAGAACUGUCCGCAUUUUUUCCUGGACUUUGAAAGGGGCUCAUGGGAAACCUCCUGAAAGUGCUGGCUUGCGCCGAACUUGAGCAUGGGCCAAUAGUUUUCCUUGACUUUGAACAUGCCCAGCCCACCGAGGCGGAGACGGCCGUGUGGAACCAGGUCAGCGCUGUCCUGGAGGAGGCUCAUGGGAUCCUCGCCGAGCUCCAGUCCUAUAAUGGCGCGGGGCAGGAAAUACGAGAGGCCAUCCAGAACCCAGGCGAUCUCGCUCUUCAGGAGAAGGCCUGGAAUGCAGUCUGCCCCCUGGUGGCCAAGCUGAAAAGAUUCUAUGAGUUCUCCCUCCGAUUGGAGAACGCCCUGCGCAGCCUGCUGGAGGCGCUAACGAGCCCUCCCUAUGCUCCCAUGCAGCACCUGGAGCGAGAGCAGGCCCUGGCCAAACAGUUUGCGGAGAUCCUUCAUUUUACACUCAGCUUUGAUGAACUAAAGAUGACAAAUCCAGCCAUUCAAAAUGACUUCAGCUACUACAGGAGGACUAUAAGUAGGAACAGGUUGAAUAACCAGCAGCUGGAUGCAGAGAAUGAGGUAAACAACGAGAUGGCCAAUCGGAUGUCCCUGUUCUACGCUGAAGCAACACCGAUGCUGAAGACCUUGAGUAACGCCACCACCAAGUUCGUUUCAGAGAAUAAGACCCUGCCCAUAGAGGACACCACAGACUGCCUCAGCACCAUGGCCUGUGUGUGUCGUGUCAUGCUGGAGACGCCGGAGUACCGCUGCCGGUUCACCAACACAGACACCAUGCUGUUCUGCAUGAGAGUGAUGGUAGGCGUCAUCAUCCUCUACGACCAUGUUCAUCCUGUCGGGGCCUUCGCCAAAACCUCCAAAAUUGAUAUGAAAGGCUGCAUCAAGGUGCUGAAAGAGCAACCGUCCAACAGUGUGGAAGGACUUCUGAACGCACUGAGGUAUACGACACGACAUCUAAACGAUGACAGCACCUCCAAACAAAUCAGAGCCCUGCUGCAAUGAAAGAACACCAGAGGAGAGGGAGAAAUGUUGGAGCGCACUUGAAGAUGGAGGGAAAAAGACGCCAGAGGCUGAAAAUGUUGUUUGUUUACAACGGACGGAGAGAACCAUCUCUGAGUUAGGAGUGACCUGAUUAUAAGAAAAAGAGGAAUUUAAUUAUAUAUAUUAUCAGCUGUCCAUCAUUCUGUCUUUCAUUUUGUAAAGUAAGAAAAGACAAAAAAAAGUCAGAAAUGAAGAUUAUAGAUAUUUAUUUAAAAAAAGGGAAACACAAGCCGCAGAUUAACAGUAGGUAGGAUAACUGAAGAAGCUACAGUAUAUUGGAAAAUUUAAGGUCAGAACCAAAAUAGUUAGAGUUACAUGUUCCCGCUGUAGUCAGACAAGUAUUUUUUGAGAGAUAAUGCCAUGUGUUUUCUCCUGAAAUCCCAAACUUGUUCCUUGAAGCCUUCCCGUUCCUGUGGGAAUCGUGACUUGGCCUCUUCAUAUCCCUCAGCUGCACUGGUUUCCAUAUGCAGGCGAAUGAAGCAAUGUGAUGGAUCCACUCCGGAGAUUUGCUUCUGUCUCUGUCCCUUCUUUCCUCACAUCAGUGCCGCUGUGGGGUAUAGGAUGAAAAGACCUCCAUUUUUUCCCUCCGAUUGAUUCCCAUCCAUUUCAUCCAUCCAUUUGAUUUGUAGUUUUCCUUGGGCACCAAAUAAAAAACAUCCACCCAAUUAAUGUGCUCUGGAGCUGAACACUUUGCAGUACAAAAAGCUUUGUGAGCUGUCCGGCUUUACUUGAAAAUCUUUAUAUCUGCAUUUUUCUCUACAUGGUGCUAAUGUUGCUCAGAUAUCCUAGCGCUAGCUUCUUAGAGAUAUCCCCUGGCUAAAAAAACGAGACCAAAAGGAAAAGAUGUUUCAUUAUCCAGCAUUAUGUUGAUCCAGCUGAUAUGUUGGAUAGAAACACUGCAAGAAAAUCAGACCUGCUCUCCGAUUAAUUCUUCUCUCAACCUAGUGCUAAAGAAAGCAAAUCCUAGACGAAUCAUGAGAAUCUACAGCACACCUCUUCACCUAGUGCCAAAUUCUAACUCGUUUACACUUUUAUUACAUCAUCAAACAGGCUACAGGGGAGUUUGGUAGUCCUGACAGAUCACUGAGCAUCUUCAAUACAAGAAGAAAUGAUAGGGAAAGAUCAGGCGUUUUAGGAGAGAUCUGAGCAUUCCAGUGUAAAUAAGCGAGUCUUCUCUUGUUUGAAAUCUACACGCUUCGUUUGGAUUCUCAGCCAACAUUCCCACCUCCACCCAACUAGAGUUGUUUCUUUUAGUAUGAGCCCGAGGACGCCAUUCAGCCAGUUAGAAAGGAAACCUGAAAAAAAGGAGCUUAAGAAGUGUUGUAUUUUGGAUGUCGAUAGACCUUUGUCUGAUUUAAUUUAUAAUAUAUUUUCUAUACAGGGAUGUGUGCCCGAGUGCAUCCUGUAAUACAUAUAUAGAUGGCAUGUUGUAAAAGUUCUAACAAGAGUGUGUAAAUAAGGUGUUUCUAUUCAUUUUUAAUUGUUCAGUGAUGCUGGAUUCGGGUAUGUGUUGUCUCUCAGAAUAACCAUGCGUUUGGCUUGGACCAUCAGACUUGCCGUAGUCAUAGGUUUCAGAAAUUCAGCUUCAUUAAGGCAAAUGAACCAGAGGGAGGGAAGGGGCUCUCCAUUUGCUUGUUCUUUUGUAUAUUUUGUGCAACAAUAAACUUCUCAUUUAUUACAUUCAAA